AUGAGGCAGACGUCUGAGAUGACACCGUUGGUGCCCGAGAGCACCCGUUUGCGUCGCAGGUUCGCGCUCCGUCCGACCAUCACUCACUUCUUGCUGCUCACGAUCGUUGGCUUCUCCCUCUUGUUCGUGCUCGUCGUGCACGAGACGUGGCCAAUAUCAACUGUGACGAACCUCAAAGGCACGAUAAAGUUUGACGAGGUUUUCUGCGGACCCGCGAGCCAUGAGACGGGGUACCUCAAGCUCCCGAAUACAGAUAACGACCACUAUUUCUAUUGGUUCGUGGAAUCUCAGACCGCGCCGCAGAAAGACCCUCUGGUCCUCUGGCUUACUGGAGGGCCAGGCUGUUCCAGUCUGAUGGCCAUAUUGGCUGAAAAUGGGCCCUGUCGAGUCCAAUCAGAUCUGUCUACGGUAAUCAAUCCCUCGGCUUGGAACAAUCAAGCCAAUGACAAGGACUCAAACGAGGUCGACGUGGCUGAAAACAUCUGCUGGUUCCUGCAGGCGUUUUUCAAGAAACACCCCGACUUGAAUGACCGCGAAUUCUUUUUGACUAGUGAUAGCUUCGGUGGUCACUAUGUGCCUGCAACUACUAGUCACAUUUUGAAGGCCAAUAUGCUUCAGCACUUGCAUCCGAACGCUAGUUAUAUCAACUUAGCAGGGAUUGCAAUUGGCAACGGACUGACGGACCCAGCAGUGCAAUACCAGCACAGUGUCGACAUGGCAUUUAAAUCGUACAACGUGACGCUGCUGCAAGCAGAAUCUAUUGAAGGUGUGCGUAAAGCUCAGCCAGUGUGCCAUAAGCUCAAUUUAAAGUGUCAGAGAGGCCAUCAAGUAAACGGAGCACCUUUGUUUGGGGUGCCACGUAACUUUAAGUACACUGGUACGUGCAGAGGAAGCUAA